CUGCGGUGGCGCACGGGCUGCGUAACUCACUUCGUCCCCGCGGACUGGUGGCACGAGCAGCGUCCUGGGGAGCAGCCGGACCCGCAGUGCUGGGGAGCAUCGGGAACCCUCACGGCUCUCAGGGUUGUGUCUCAGCUGCCGGGGCUGCCAUCGGGUCCCUCCUUCACCUUCCCCUGCCCAGUUUUGUUGCUGAGCACAGCCACAUAGGAAAAGGGGAUCUCCCUUUGGCAGCCGGGGUCAGCUCUGCUGCCCGGGUCCCCUCCACGCUGUGUGAGCUCCCCCGGCUCCUCGCAGAGGGAGAACUGAGGACGUCCUGGCCUGCCCGAGCACCUCAGCAGCUGCCCUCACCCUGCUGCGUCACGCGUGUGGCUUUCCUGCUGAAACCGAAACCAUGUCAGUUCCUGAGAAAAAGCUGGAAAUUAACCAAAACAAACCGGCCUCCUCCUCCUGUGCCGAGAUGUGAUAAGUGUGGGGUGGCCCCGGAGCGGUGCUGGGUAGGACUGGACACUCCCUGCGCCAUCUUUUAUCUGUGUUAUUGGUGUGCUGAGGGCAGACGGGCACUACAAGCACAGCAGCAGCCAUGGUAAUUACAGGAAUGAUUGUGGGGGCCACCAUUGGAGUAGGACUGGCACUCUUUGGUGCCCCGGCAGUUGUCUCUGUGCUGGGCUUUAAGGCAGGCGGCAUCGCUGCGGGGUCCGCGGCUGCCAAGAUGAUGUCGGUGGCUGCCAUAGCCAACAACGGAGGAGUGGCUGCCGGCAGCAUCGUGGCCGUGCUGCAGUGGCUCGGAGCCGCAGGACUCCCUGUUGGUGCCAAAUUUUGGCUGACAUCAGCCCUGGGGACACUCGGUGGAAUAGUUGGUGCCACGUGGUUUUAGGGGAGCACAGCUCCAGGUGGCAAACCCAAGGAAUGCCAGGAGGCAGCGGACGGCGCAAGGAAGAGCCUCGCCAGCCCAGCAGCUCCUCUGCAGCCACGCAGGGAGCUGCCAACCUUCUUGAGCAUUGAGCACACGGAAAAUAAUAAAAAUGGCUUUGCAGGUGA